AAUGAAAAGUAUUUCAGGAGUAUUAGUCAUUCUGCUUUUAAGUCAGAGUGUUUUCUGUAGCCCUAAGAAAAUCAAUACAGAUUUUUUGAAUUUGCUUAGUUCUAAAACAAAUGUGAUGAGUUCUUAGGAUGCCAUUCAAUCAGUGCUUACUUUAUUAGAAGAUCUUCAAGGGGCUAAUGUUGAAGCUCAAGACAAAGCUGAUCUUACAUUUUAACGAUUUGAACAAGCCAUUUUGAAAGACAUCAAUGAGUUCUCAGGAAUUGUUAAUGUAAAUUCCAAGAGUGCAGCUGCAGCUCAAUAAGACUUAGAAGCUGUCGAGUAAUUGUUUAUCUUUCAACUUAAAGUCUUAAAAUCCAAUAAACAACAGAUUACUUGAAUUGGAAUAACAAGCGAUACAAGGCAAAUGAAGUUAAGCUUGAAAAUUUAGCUGAAUAAAGAUGUGAAGCCAAUGCCUUAUUCAUUGAUACAUUAAGAGAAUAUAAGAAUGCACUUUCUGUUCUUGAUUGGGUUAGAAGUGAUGCACAAAGCAAAUAAAGCACGUUAAUAGAAAAGAACCAUAUUGGAGAUUAUGCAGAGAAAUUGAGCAAGUAUGCUAAUCUAUUUGAAGAAUAAGCAGUCUAAGAUUUUGUGAAAUUAGGUGAAGAAGAAGUUUCUUUUGCAUAAACAAGUACAAAAUAUAAAAGAUAAUUUAUUAAGGAUAGCAUGGAAACGGCCAAUAAAUAGCCUCAUUAGUAGAAAAGGAUAUUGUAGGAAUUAUUCAAUAAUUAAUUGAAAAAUUAAGAGAUACAAUCAAAAGUCUUGAAGAAUAGGAAAUUCAAUCAGCUAAUGAUUUUGCCGAUUUCAAAACUAAUUUAUUGGCUGAAUAAGAAUCUUUAAAAUAAGAGUAUGAUGCUAAAGCCAAAUUCUUGAAUUCCUUAUAAAAUGACAAAGAAUUAGCCUCAGAUAUCUUAACCAAAAAGAAAGAACUAUAAGAUUAAAGCAUGAGAAUAUUAAGUUUAACUUAAGGUAAUUUACAAUCUAUAUUCACUUUAGAGGAAUACAAUUACAAAAAGAAAUUAUACAACUCAGAAAAAGCCAAAAGACAUGAAGAAAACUAGUUAUUGGAAGAAUCACUUCUAAUUUAUAGAGAAAAGAUUGCUACUGUUAAUGAAUACUUGAAAAAGAGAGUCAACGAAUAUGUUGGUGAAUCUCUUAUUGAAGAACAUGCUGUCAGCAAUCAAGCUCCAGUUCAAAAUAGAAAAGGAAAAUAAUGAU